UUGUCUUGCAAGUAUAUUACUUAUGUUAAUUAGUGGCCUACUUUUGCAAGCCCAGAAGAGUCAUCUUAAUGUCCAUAUAAUCUAUAUUAUUAACCUAAAACAAGCGUUAGGGUUUCUUGCUCAGACGUUUUGAUUUUGCCGAUUACGAGAUGACAAACUCAAAGAGAUGCAAAUAUCAUGACCGACUGAGCCAGCUGCCCGACGCCCUAAUCUUCGAGAUGUUUCGGUUGAUGCCGAUGACAGAUGUGGUUAGGACAUCAGUUCUAUCCAAGCGCUGGAGAAACCUUUGGGCCAACACCCCCUUUCUUAAUUUCGACAACGAUACUAUGUUGUUUGAUGAUGAUAGGCUUCGGAAAUUUGUUGAUAGGGCUUUAUCUCUCUGGAAAGGGACUAGGGUUUUGAAAUUCAAGUUUCAAGCGAGUCGUCGUGUGGCUGGUGAUGAUUCAAUAUACAGUGAUGUUGAUUCGUGGGUGAGUUUUGCGGAGACACGUGGAGUCGAAGAAUUGUAUUUAUGCUUGGACUGGGAUUGCUCGUAUAGCGUGCCUCAGUGUCUCUACUCAUGCUCAUCUCUUAAAGCCUUAAAGCUCUUAGAUUGUAACUUGAAGAUUUUUGGGAAUGUGCAGUGGAAUCAACUCGACAGUUUAAGUUUAUGUUUGAGGAUGGUGAAUGGACAUACGAUUAACCAAAUAUUGUCGGGUAGCCCUCGGUUGAGAGUCUUCAUUUUGGGAUGUAUAGACAUAGAUGGAAACUUGAGUAUCCAAUCAAAUAGUUUGAAACAGCUCGGGAUUCUCAACUUGAGAGGAAGUGAAGAUUAUGCGGUUUCGGAGCUGAGAAUCUGUACCCCAAAUCUUAAAAUAUUAGAACUCAGAGGGGUCGUUAAUCUAUAUGCUAAGUGUUUGCUAAUGAACGUAUCAUCUUUAUCCCAUGCAACUCUUGGAUUACAUGGAAUCGAUUCUCAUGAGUAUGGCUUGUUUUCUGGAAAAGCAUUGAGUCAAAUUCUUCCAACCAUUCAACAUGUUGAAGACGUCAUAUUAUCAGACUGGAGCGCCAAGGGGCUCAGAGCUAUGAAAAUGGAUUCAUCUUUUCCUAAUGUCAAAUCCUUAGAGCUUAGAUGUUGUUCAUAUGACUACAAACACGUAGUAGGUGUUCUUCAGAUUUUCCCUAAGUUGGAGAGAUUAGUCCUUAAAUACCAUAAAGGAGAUGGUCACCACCAAGAUCAAAGAGAAUCACUCAAUCUACCCGAGUCCUUUGUUUACAGUUGA